AUGGCAGACGAGGUGUCCGGCGUCUCCGAGGAGGCCCUGGUGCCUUCAUCACCAGGCUCAGCCCUUCAGUGCUCGAGUGACACAGAUAAGCUCAGCAGGUCCCACCCCUGGGCCAGAAAGAGGAGGAAAAGUCAGUUUUCAGACCUGUGCCGGAGUCAGACAUCUCUGUCCGGAGACAAAUGGAGCUCCUACUGCUUGUCCUCACUGGCGGCUCAUAACAUUUGUACCAGCAAAAUCUCUAAUUCCUGGGCUCCGUGGGAUUCGGCCUCUCUCUCCAGCUCCCUUUGCAGUCCUGCCUCCGUUUCCUUUCUGCAUCCCCUUGCCACGGAGGAAUCCAGCCAACACCUCGUAUCUGCUGCGCGCAGUCCCGGCAAAGCCAUCUUCACCGUGGAUGUCAACACCACAGAGAUUCUUGUGGCCAAUGACGAAGCCUGCAAACUGCUUGGAUGCAGCAGUCAGGAACUCAUUGGUCAGAAACUGUCCCACCUGAUAUCGAAAUCCAGUCAAGACAUAGUGGAAGCUCUGGGUGAGGAGUACAUAGAAGCUGAUGGAUGUAAAUCGGUGAUUUCAGGAACUGUGGUGGACAUUCUAGGCCGUUCCAAAGAGAAGAUCCCAGUCUCUGUGUGGCUGAGGCGAAUGAGGAGCGAGGACAAGCAGUGCUGUGUGGUUGUGCUGGAACCAGUGGAAAGGCUCUCAGCUUCUGUUUCCUUCAGGGCUGACAUCCCCACUCUGGGCAAGAGUAUCCCAAAGAACCUCGGGAUCCAGAGAUCUGUAGGUCGAACCAGAGAGGGGAACACCUUUCCUCUCAGCAUAAAGCUGCACGUUAGCCUUCCAGAAGAGGACAAAGCUGCUGUGCAGAAAGACAAUGUUUCAUGGACAGAUAAAGAAGGCUCCUUCACAGACUGUCAUUAUUCUGCCACAGUCAGGGUUUUUUCCACCAUCAGUGGCAUUAUUACUCUCCAGCCAGAUGGAACCAUCCAUGGCAUCCAGAACAGUUUUUCUCUAAUGCUGUUUGGCUAUGAGAAGGAAGAGCUGUUGGGAAAGAACAUUACGUUCCUGAUUCCUGGUUUCUAUAAGAGCAUGGACAGAUGCAGGGACUGCUCCUUGCCGCUACCUCCCCUUGAGGACUCGAUGGGGACAGAAAGCGCAGGUGUCUCCGGAGGUGUCACUGCCUGCAGUGGCUCUAACAAAGCAUCUCGCUGCGUGCGAGACUUCCAGAGGUACAGGAUUAAACAGCAGCCUUCAAAAAUCAACCUGACGUGUACCCUGGGAGCUGAAACAACCCUUGAGGACCUUAAAGAGUCAGACACUGAGCUGAGCUGCCUUUGUUCUGGCCUUGAGGAUCUGGAUCUGAAUGUUGGUGUAGAGGGGAACUCGGCCGGCUCUUCAGGCACUGCUACAGCUCCUGUAGGAGCGUCCUCUAAUGCAGCCGACUGUGCUGUGGGCGAAACACUAGUUCCAGACAGUGCUUUUUCUGGGCAGAAAAAGCAAACUGUGCAGGCGCAAGUAACAUCUACACCCGUGAAACAAAAAGGAAGGCUGAAUCCUUUGAGCUCGGAGAUACUGGAAGGCAUCUACCUCGGGAGCUGCUAUCACAGAGAUGGUUCUCGGCUGACGAUACUUUUUGAAGUGAAGCACGUAGAACUGCAGGACCCUGCUGCACUCUUUUGCAUCUGGGUGGUCAAAGACUUUAUACCCAACCAGCAAGAAGCAACACCAAAGACUCAGCUCUGCUUCUCCAGCCUAGUGAGCUCCAUCCAAUCUGUUACAGAUUUUUCUGCACACAGUCUCGCAGAAAGGAUCAGAUCAACUUCACUUUUAGAUAACUCCCGAGUUGCUGAAGAGCUUGAACGGUUACAGGCUUGUGAAGGAGAAUAUGCAAGAAAAUAUGACACACUCAGUCCCAUCGGCAAAGGAUCUUUUGGCUUUGUCUGGACUGCCAGGUGCAAGGAAGAUCAACAAGAGGUUGUGGUGAAAUUCAUCUGGAAGGAAAGAGUAUUUGAGGACUGCUGGGUAGAUGAUCCUGAUCUGGGAAGAGUGACUCAAGAGAUUGCAAUCCUGUCAAAGGUGCAGCACCCCAAUAUCAUUAAGGUUCUGGAUGUGUUUGAAAAUGAACGGUUCUUCCAGCUGGUGAUGGAGAAGCAUGGAUCUGGUCUGGAUCUCUUUGCCUUCAUUGAUAAUCAGCCUGACUUGGAUGAGCCCUUAGCAAGCUAUCUGUUCAGACAGCUUGUGUCAGCUGUGGGCUACCUCCACUGCAGAAACAUCCUUCACAGGGAUAUCAAGGAUGAAAAUAUUGUCAUUGCUGAAGACUUCACCAUUAAGCUCGUGGAUUUUGGUUCAGCUGCCUACCUGGAACCAGGCAAACUGUUCUAUACCUUCUGUGGGACCAUUGAAUACUGCUCACCAGAAGUGCUCUCUGGCAAACCGUACCAAGGGCCCGAGCUGGAGAUGUGGUCACUGGGUGUCACCCUUUAUACUCUCAUAUUUGGAGAGAAUCCUUUCUGUGAGCUGGAGGAGGCCAUGGCCGCGGUCCUGAACCCUCCUAGGGUCGUGUCGGAAGGUCUCGUGAGGCUGAUGGCGGGGCUGCUGCACCCCGUGCCGCAGCAGCGCACAACUCUAGCCAAGUUAGUGGAGGACCCGUGGCUGAAGCAGCCGGUGAACGUGGGCGAUUACACCUGGGAAGAGGUGUACGUCCCCGCCGAGGCAGAGCGUGGCGGCUUCAGAGAUGGUUCCAGCGAGGGCACAACCAGAGACAGCCUCCUCCUUGCAGCUCCCAGCGUGGAGGGCGAGCCCGGCUCGAGCUCUGCUGACCGCAGGUGGACGGAUCCCCACGUGGAAGGACUCGCAGCUGCCGAGGACCAGGACUCGGCUCACGGGCAUCGCCGCAAGCUUUCCCUGCAGUAG